AUGAAAGAACCAAUCCCACCUCCCACGGAUACUAUCCCGGGCUCCUUCUACUCCCCACCGAAGCAACUACGCUUCCUCGUCAUAGGCGGCGGCUCUCGCGGGAACGCCUAUGGUCGCGCCGUCACAACUGCAACACCGGGUUCGCCGAGCCCCACGCCUUUAAACGACGCGAGUUCGGACGAAAAUACAUAUGGGGCAUAUCAGGCUCCCCCCAAAGAGGGUCAGGAAUUCGCCGACUGGCGCGAGUGGGUGCAGUGGGAACUCGAGCGACGGAAACGGGCGACUUUAAACAACGGCGAUAACGCAGCAGAUACAAACCUAACUCCUGUGGGCGUGGACGGAGUCUUCAUCUGCACUCUAGACGAAACACACGCCGAGAUUAUACAAGCUCUCGCCCCACUCCAGCUACACAUCCUCUGCGAGAAGCCACUAGCCCUCUCGCUAGACGACUGUCUAACAGUAUACCGAGCCCUUCAACCACCAGAAGGCCCAGGCAACAUCCCCCAAGCCCCAAAGAACAUAUUCUCAAUCGGCCAUGUCCUCCGCUAUAGCCCACAUAACAUCCUUCUCCGCAAACUCCUUCUCACAGACCGUGUAAUCGGCGACAUAGUCUCACUAGAACACUGCGAGCCAAUAGGCUGGUGGCACUUCUCGCACAGCUACGUCCGGGGCAACUGGCGACGUGCAACAGCAGCAGGCGAUGGCUCUCUUCUCACAAAAUCCUGCCACGACAUCGACUUCAUCCUUUGGCUCCUCUGUUCCCCAACCUUAGCCGAAACAGAAUCCAAACAAGCCCAUAAGCCGCACUUCCCGCGCUCGAUCUCGUCUGCCGGCAUGAUGACACAGUUCCGCCAAAAGCGCAAGCCCGUAUCCGCAGGCAAUGCUACAAACUGUCUCUCCUGCCCCGCUGAGCGUGACUGUACCUACAGCGCGGUUAAAAUCUAUAAUGAUCGCCAUCUCGCGACAGGUCACACAGCUUGGCCGAUUGACGUUGUCUGCCCGGAUAUUGAAGACGUGUUCCGCGUGCAAGGUAGUAAAGCCGCCGAAUCGUUGCUCCUCUCCCAUCUUGCCGAGGACUAUGAUCGGGAUACGGUGUCGGACUCGGAUAUCGCUGCGCGGCCUUGGUAUGGGCGGUGCGUCUACGAAGCUGAUAACGAUGUCUGCGACGAUCAGGUUGUGACAUUUGUUUGGGACGAUGAGGAGGCGGCGCCGCAUCGGCUUGCUAAAACGGCGAGUUUCCAUAUGAUUGCGCCUACGGAGAAACAGUGUGAACGUCGAGGCCGAGUUUACGGCACUACUGGCGAGGUUUCGUAUGAUAGUACAACUAUUUCUGUUCAUGAUUUUGCUACGGCGAAGACUACUGUAUUUGAUGUGCCGAGGCCGCUGCCAGAGCAUAAAGAGUCGCAUGGUGGUGGGGACUUUGGGCUUGCAAGGCAGUUUGUUGGUGCGGUUGAGGCGGUUGAGGCGGUUGAGGGUGGAUUGGAUGUUGAGACGGCGCAAGCGAGGUUUGUUGGGUGUUCGCUCGAGGAGGCGGUGCGGAGUCAUGCUGUUGUUUUUGCGGCCGAGGAGGCGAGGAGAGAGGAGAGGGUUGUUAAGUGGGAGAGCUGGUGGGCGGAGAAGUUGAGGGUUUCGGCUGCUGCGUGGAAGGGAUAA